AUGGCUACGGUGACUACACCCCCUCCUGCUCCAUCACCUAUCAACACGCAAGUAGCGGUCCACUCGAAUGUCCUUAAUGACAUAGAGGAGCAUUUCGCCAGUACCCCUAACAUCGGGGAGAUGGUCACAACAAGCUGUCAAAUCUUCCAACGCCUUGAACCUUGGGGAAGCGUCCGGUCCAAUCACGCCAAAGCGCAAGCCGUCAUUCCUGGAGUCAAGCGAGCUGUAGUAAGCCACUGCAAAACUCUCGAUCUCAGCGUUCAAGUGUCCGAAAAUGGCUAUCUACUGGCUGACAGUGGUGCCGCCCUCUUCGACUAUCUCGAAAACGCCGAAAGUUACUCAUUGGACGAGAUGCGCGACUAUUUUGAGCAAGUCACAAUAGAGUCCAAGGAACUCGAGGAGUCGACAAAAACUACAGUGGCUGCCAUCCGCGCUGACAGGACGAAGCUUAUUCAGGUCAAGGAUGAGAUUCGAAAUGCAGUACAGGCGAUUGACAAGGAAAGAGCCGACAAUGAGCAGGCAAUUGCCAGUGCGAGGAGUUGGUCCAGAUUCUUGGGUGGUGCGUCAGCAGCCAUCAAUACUGUCGGCCAUCUCCCUCGUAUGCUACCUGAGAACGAGGAAACACAAGCCCUGGUCGUCCUUCUUCCUCUACUCAUCACUGUUCUCGAUUGGGGGAUCGUCCAUCUCAGGGAGAGCAGUGAAAGCAAUAUUAUCGAACGAAAGGCUGGUGUUCAGUCCUGCGGUGAUGCUAUCUCCAAACUCGAAGCUGCAGUGGAGGACCUGCAGGCCUUCGAGACCCACAUGGACAACAUCGCAGCCUUUUGGAUCAAAGUACAAAUGGUUUUACACCGCAUUUGUAGGGGUCUCGACGCUUUGAAUAGGGAUAGAGUUGCUCGCUACAGAUUCAAGAAGAUAAAGGAGGACUUUAUAACUGCGAGGGAGAACUUCCUGCUUUAUAAGACGGGUAUUGUCCGACUCAGGGACUAUUUCCCGCCACAAAUCACUGACUGA